GCGAGGAGGCGCCUGAGAGGAGAUCGACUUUAAGUUUAUACGACUUCAGCUGCUUCUGUUCGCUGUCAGAUUUUCUUUGGCUCAGUUUCCGACCAAGCACUCGGACUUUUUUUUUUUUAACUGAUUACGGUCUUCCCGCUCUGCUGUUAUCCGGAUACGAUGGCCAGCUCUGGGCUGCAGCUCCUCGGGUUCCUCCUCUCUCUGAUCGGUCUCGCCACCACUGUUGCUGCAACUAUGAUGGUUGAAUGGAAGAAGCAGUACCAGGGCAAGUCGCACCGCAUCUACGAGGGCUUGUGGAUGAGCUGCAGUGGCAAUGAGAGAACAACCUGUGAAUUUCACCAGUACCUCCUGAAGCUGCCAACUGAGAUCCAGGCCACCAGGGCCGUGAUGCUGAUCAGCAUCUUCCUCUCCACUGUGGCACUGUUGGUCUCCACGGUGGGAAUGAAGUGCACCCGCUUCAUGGACGGCAAACCUGAGAGCAAAUCCUUGACAGCUAUGAUCGGAGGAAUCAUGUUCAUGAUUGCAGGUUUACUGACCCUCAUCAUAACCUCCUGGUACGUCAAAAUGAUUGUUCAUUACGUCCACGAAUCCCAUCGCCUGCAGAGCUUUGAGUUUGGUAAGGCCGUGUUUGUCAGCUGGGCUGGUGGCCUCCUCACUAUGGCUGGCGGUGCCUUUCUGAGCUGUCGGAGAUGCUCGCGGUCUCAGUCGAAUGGCUCCAUCAGCUCCAACCAGCUCCUCGCCACCAACACCCACUCCAAGUCCAACUACGUCUAGCGGAGGAGAGGCCUUGAGACAGUGAAUUUACAGACUGCAGCAGGUUGGGUUUCUACGACGAGGAAAUGUCCCACUGCAGGAUUACAAAUACUACGUACUGAACACUGAGUCAGUAACCAGCAUCAGGAAUACAUACAAAAUCAGGCUGUUUGUAAUGAGUGUUUGAAUCCCGUUUUACAGCUUGAUUUUUUUUAUUUUAGCACAACACUUGGUUACUUGGAUGCCGUCAGUCACUGCUACGAAUGUGUAAGGCAUUCAAAGAGAUUACUAUCUCAGAAUUAAAAUGAAUGAGAUAAUAAUGUUGUUAAUUCAGAAAAAUUAGAAUUAAUGAGAUUAUUAUCUCGUUAAUUCCUGCAAUAAGCUUGUUAAUAAUUUUCCAUUAAGAGAAAUAAAAGGACUAACUUUUAAAAUAAUUUCAAACAUUAAAAUUACACAUGGAUUCGUUAUUUCAGGUUUAAACAUGCUGAUCUUUGUCAGCCUGUUUGUGUAAGUAUGACAUCACAAAGUUACUCCUCACAGCUACCUAUGAAUGAACGCUUGUUUCAGUAGUUUACAGUGUUGACACUGUAGAGAUUUCUGUACUCUUACCGUGUACUUUGCCUUGGAAUUUAUUCCUCUUCAGUUUCUCACUGGUGUUAAUAUAGAUUUGUUUGUGUACGUUGUUCAUGUUAUGACUAAAGUUUUAUCUUUUCUUGUCAUAUUUUCCUGUAGUUUGGUCAUUGUUAAUGUUAUUUGGCACAUCAUGUGGCAGUUUGAAAGAUAAUAUGUGUGUUUGUAUAUUUUGGAAAGAGAAAUAAAAUUAUUUUGUUUUCUUCA